GCGCUGGUGGACAAGGGCAGGUGGCGGCUCGGCGCCUCGCCUGACGCCGCGCGAGGGCAGGUCGAGCGGCGCAGCUGCACCACCUUCGACGAGUCGGGCGCCGCCUCCCUCGUCUGCCUCGCAGAGGAUGCGGGCGGCGAGGGGCGGCGAGAGUCCGGCAGUACCCCCGGGCAGCUCAGUGCCCCCGCCGAGCACGAGUCGCCGCCGCGCCGCCCGCCCCGGCUCCGCUCGCUCAAGGAGGCGUCGCUGAGCGAGGAGCGUGACUACGGCGUACCCGCCGGCGCACCCGCGCUGCCGGACGAGCUUCCGUUCGGCAUGCUCCACCCGUGGUGGUGCGACCUCAACACCGAGUCUGGGCGCGCCGCCACGCGAGGACAGCUCCGUCGUCGCGCAGAGGGCGCGCUCAAGGGGGUCUACGCGGCGAGCGUGCAGCUGGUUGGCGCGUGGAAGCGAGGCGGCGGCUGGCAGGCUGCGGCGCUGGAGAGGCUGCGGCUGGUUGCGAGGGUCGAGGCUGAGGGGCGCAGCCUCGCGCCACCCUCUGGAGGCCCACCCUCUGCAGGGGGGUCCGUGCGCAGCGCCCCCUCGGCCAGCAUCUCGAGGGACGCUGCCGCCUUGCUGGCCGCUCUCGGGCAGUGGGUGGACGCGGUGCGCGAGCACGACCUAGCGGCGCUCGGCUACGUGCACUACGCGGCGCUGCCGCCGCCGCAGCUGGCGCCCGCCGAGCAGAAGGGCUACGCCCCGCUGUCAGAGUCGGAGGGGGCGGAGCCAGCGGCCAGCUCUCGCUCUCGAUCAACCAUCGGCCGCUCGACCAUCGGCUCGCUCUCGGCCGCUGCCGCCGAGCUGACUCCGCCGCCGCUGCGCAGCUGGGCGAGCGGCGCGCAGCACUGGGAGAAGUACAGCUUCGAGGUUGGCAAGGGCGGCAGCUUCCCCGCCGGCAAGGGCUUCGGGGUCGACUUUGGCGCGGACCACGGCGCAGACGCGCGCGGGAGCGACAAGCUGCAGCGGUACACGGCGGCGCAGAUGGCGCUCCACAUCUGGCUGCGCGGCGCGCUCACCAGCGAGGGCGACGGCGCCGACGCAAUACGGCACUUGCGAGGCCUCCGCAGAGCGGCAGAGGCGUCGCGCGCCGCGAAGAGCAGCACGCGCAGCACGCUGGCGGAGGAGGGCGCGGCGAGAGGCGCCGACCGCGCGCGGAGCAAGUAUGAGCAGGCUCUCUUCGCUGCGCAGAGCGGGGGCACGCACGCGGUCGCCAUCUCGCUCCUCGCCGUCGGAGGAGCACUCGGCCGCGCGUCGGAGCUGUGCUAG